UGCCCUGGCGCGAGCUCUUUAUCGUUGUCGCAGUCACGAAGAGAAGUCGCGCAGGAAUGCCGCGAAGGACGGCCGGCGGCUGUCUCGACAACUUCCGGAAGUUGAGCGUCAUACACACGACUUAUCUGAGAUUCGUCGGCUUAUGGGCCCUCGAUUCGAACUCGUCCGCUUUAUCGAGAUACUUGUACUUCGUGUACAACAAAGUGAUUUUGACGAUCAUGUUCGUCUUUUCGAUCACUCUGUUCGCCGACAUUUGCACGAGCUUCGACGACCUCUCGAUUGUCACCGACGACGGCUGCAUCUUCGCCGGCAUUGUCGUCGUGCUCUUCAAAGUGAUGAUCUUUCAAUUUCGUCGGAAGAAAAUCGCACAACUGCUUCGCGAAGUUAUCGACAGUUGCCGUCGACUUUGCACGUUUUCCAUUGGCGACGAGGAGAAGAUCCUAGCCAAGUAUCUACUGAUCUGCCGCAUAAGUUUUUACGGAUUCAGCACGUUGGGCUUCUUCCUCGUGAUCGCCCUGCUGUUCUUCGUACCGGUGGAGGACGGCGAGUUGCCGGUCAGGGCGCGAUACCCCUUCGACACGACCGAGCAGCCGGGGCAUUCGAUCGGCUUCUUCGUGGAGGCCUGCACCGUAUCCGUCGGCAUUACCGCCAUCAUCGGGGUGGACAGUCUGCACACCAACUUGUGUAACCUGUUCCUCGCGCAACUCGAGAUCCUGAACGUGCAUUUUAGGAAGUGCGGCGGCAACCGACGCGACGCGUCGGCUGUUCGCGAUCCGCGAGACGAUUUGGGCGGAGAUUCUCGCUACGCGAUACCCUCGACGGUCAAGAUUGGGAAGGACAAUUACGAUCCCGGUGCGAUACGCAGCAGCGGAGACGAUAGCGCCUUUGCGGAGCGGUUGCGGAGGUCCGUCCGCAAUCAUCAACGUCUGCUCGCCACAAUGGAUGACUUCAACGAGGUGUUCAGCGCCGGCAUGUUCGUUCAGAUGCUCUCGAGCACCUCGAUGAUUUGCCUAACCGGCUUCCAAGCCACCUUGGUCAUAGGCCACAACUCCAACACCUGCAAGUUCGCGAUUUACCUGGCGGCGGCCGUAUCGCAACUCUUCUAUAUCUGCUGGCUAGGGAACGAGGUGAUAUAUCAGAGCGCGCGUCUGGCGCAGAGCCAGUGGCUGUCGGAGUGGAACGACAAGCUCUCCGCGAAGACCGGUCGUCUGCUAAUCUUGUCCAUGAUAUUUUCAAGAAGAACGCUCAAUUUCAAGGCAGGUGUGUUCUACGUGCUGUCCAUGGAGACGUUCAUCGCGAUCAUGCGGGGCUCGUACUCCUUCUUCGCUCUGCUGAGCACCAUGCAGUCGGAAGGCGAUCAGUGAAUCUGGCAACCCCCAGCUCUUAGUUAACGCAAUCAUGUAGCGCAACCACCAGUUCUUCGUUGCCAGCAGCGAGUUCCGAUAACCUACGCAAACCGGCUGUGUGUAUCGCGCCGAUCGCGAAUAAAGUGAGUACUUCGGCGCAAAGUCUGUGCAAAAUAUAUCGCGGUUGUUAUUGAACUUUGUCAAAUAAAUAAGCUCGUUGGUAUGUCGGAGUAGUCGUCUCUACCGAUGGAGAUCCGUAGGAUAAGAUCGCGCCGAUGCAAUGCUCAUAUUAGCAAUUCCAUAUCGCAAAAUCCCGGAAAUCAGCUGUAAAUCGCCGAUUCUCAAUAAACGUCCAGAGCAGCAAUUAUUCACACGUUCGCGGUUCGAACGAAUGGACUAGCGUAUCGUUCCGCGAGCGAGAUGCCGAUUAAGAGCAGUCUGCUUAUCGACACGAAAUGGAGCAAUUUCGCGCUUCGUAAUGCAGCAAUACGAUAAAUCAAAUAAGGGUCGGAGCGCUUAGGCUCCCCGUAACUUGCUAUAUUGCUAAUGGAUCCUUUGCAGGGUUCUUAAUUGUACCCUAGAACAUUACACUUGAAUGUACCACACCCAUAUUAUUGUUUAAAUGCCCGCCGUUUCUAUACAAUGAGAAAUAGUCUAGAUUGGGGAUUAAGAAACUUUGACAUUAAGAGAAAAAAUUUUGCUAAUUUAACAAAAUACUAGUGCCCGCAGAAAAUGAUCCUGCACUGAUAACAAAUAAUUUCUUACUUUUAGUUUACUGCUCUAAGCAACACUUCUGUGUAAUUGGAGCAUAACUCUAACCCUAACCUAAAAAUGAAUCUGACCUAAGACAAAUGAUUUGUAUUGCAUCAGGUAACGUAUGUUUGUAAAAAUGACAAAUGAUGAGAAGUGAUUAACAACGGUAAGUGUUUGAUUUGUUUCUCUAACGAUCAUCAAACAGCAAACGUGCUUUUGUUCUGAUGACAAAGGGUUUUUUCUC